AGCUUCCUACUCAUUUUCCAAAUGCCGUGUAACAUUAGUCUUGACUUCUCCCUUCUACUCGCCUAUAGCACCAUUACACGUGUCACGCUCGGGAAGCUUCCACCUACCUCACCCCUGAGCUUCGGUGCCAAUAGCAAUGGCUGCUUGCUCUUUCACCACCAAACCUUGACGCGGCUGCGCCUCCACGUAUAGAAAAGAGAAGCAUAAAACUUUCUCUGAAGUUUAUUUGACUUUUGAUUCAAUUCUCCCUACCCCUCCCUCGUUACCAGUCAACACGAAAACCACAACGUCGUCGUUUCAGAUCCUUCUUCUUCGUGCUUCGGACGAAAGAUUCAAAGUUCAACAACUUAAAUAAUUGAACAUCGCAAAAACAUUCACACUUCGGACAAUAAAAAAUACAAAUCUAACCCAGAAAUUGCCGGCUCUUCUUCAAUCUAGAAAUCUUUAAGACGUAUAAGAAGAAGUCCAAGCAUCUCUCACUUUUAUUCUCCUUCUCUUGGGAUUCUUCGAACCGACCCAACAAUGAGAUUUCAGGUUUUAGCAUUCGCGCUUUUGCUCUCCCUCUCGCCUUCUUUUAUCUCAGCUCACUUCUUCCCAAACAUUUCCUCGUUACCCUCCUCGAUCCGCAAUUCCACGUGGGACUCCUUCUACGAUUUUGCCGGCUGUAAGCAAGGCGACACGGUUAAUGGGCUGCAAAAGUUAAAGCAGUACUUUCAACGAUUUGGUUAUAUGGCCACUGCGGAUAACUAUACCGACUACUUCGACAGCUCGCUUGAGUCGGCCAUCAAGACCUACCAACGCAACUUCAACCUCAACAUCUCCGGCGAGCUUGACGGCAAAACCAUCCAACAGAUCGUGCGGCCUAGGUGCGGAAACGCCGAUAUAAUCAAUGGCUCCUCGACAAUGAAUUCCGGCAAGCCACCGGCCGGCUUCCACACGGUGGCGCACUUCUCCUUCUUCCCAGGAAUGCCUCGAUGGCCGGCGAACCGGCGCGAUCUUACAUACGCGUUCUUUCCCCAGAACCAAUUAACACAAGAAGCGAAGAACGCGUUCUCACGCGCCUUUGCCCGGUGGGCGGAGGUCAUCCCAAUGACUUUCACGGAGACGGAUUCCAUAGGGACUGCAGAUAUCAGGAUCGGGUUCUUCUCUGGGGACCACGGCGACGGCGAACCGUUCGACGGGGUGCUGGGGACUCUAGCCCACGCGUUUUCUCCGCCAGCCGGACAUUUCCACUUGGACGACGACGAGGACUGGUUAAUCGACGGUGAUUUAACGUUGUUGCCAUCGAUAUCAGCGGUGGACCUUGAGUCUGUUGCCGUGCACGAGAUUGGGCACCUGUUGGGAUUAGGGCACUCGUCGGUGGAGGACGCCAUCAUGUUCCCUAGCAUCAGUGCCGGAACCAGAAAAGUGCAGUUGGCCGACGAUGAUAUUCAAGGGGUUCAGACGCUGUACGGCAGCAACCCCGACUUUAACGGCACUACUUCAUCCUCCCCGCCGGUUCGGGAGAGCGACUCCAGUGGAGCCCACUAUCCAUUCGCUUCGUGGGGCGUUGGCGCCUUGUUGGCCGUUGGAUAUUUCUUCUCACUAAUGUUGUAGAUAUUCGUUAGUUGUAUAUCGUUGGAUUGGUUUACUUUUUUUUUUUUACUUUUCUUUUUGGGGGGCGGGGGGUGGGUCUGGGCCGGAGAUUUUCCGAUUUGAUCACCCAUGUGGGAUUCAUUCAGAUUAUCGGAACAAUAUGAUUGAUCA